AUUGCGACACGCGCAGCAGCAAGCUGUACCCCACCCUGCUACACUUUGCUGCCCAUUACGGACUGUCUGGUCUUUGUAAAAUCCUCCUCGAGUACCCUGGUGCAGAUAUUGCCAAACGCCUGAAGAACAGGGACAGUCGAACACCCUAUGAUCUUGCUAAGCUAUCCGAAGAAAGAUAUCUAGCAGAACUGGUAAAUAUUAUGCAAACGAUACAAAUGUUCUUCUAUUGUCUAGCAUUCUAUCAUUUUAUAGGACUUACUCACGGUGAGAAGAAAAUCGAAGUGAAAGUUGGCGACGAGUAUGCUGGGAUCUGUUCAGUGAUUAUCAAAUCACAAACGGAGGUGUUCUCGGAUUUGCUCGCUGACGUCAUCAACCCAGUAACCUUCAUGUGUGACGCCAUGGGAGUUUCGGAGAAGACAAAGGAUGCUUUAGAUACUGAUUUUGUAGACAGAUUUUCUAACGGCAAAUGUUCUGAGCCGAUGAACAACCUGAUGACCGGGAACUCCAACUUCGACGAUUGCGACCCGCGCAGCAGCAAGCUGUACCCCACUCUGCUACACUUUGCUGCCCAUUACGGACUGCCUGGUCUCUGUAAAAUCCUCCUCGAGUACCCUGGUGCAGAUAUUGCCAAACGCCUGAAAAACAGGGACAGUCGAACACCCUAUGAUCUCGCUAAGCUAUCCGAAGAAAGAUAUCUAGCAGAACUGCUACUCGAUAAUUGUGUAAUAGAGCGAAGAGGUUCUCGAGGUAAGCAUGUAUACACUUGUUAUGUGUGUAGACCAGUAAACAAGUGAUGCAUGUAGAUUGGGAAAAAUGAUCAA